UGGACUGCUUUUGCUUCGACUGCAACAUCUCAAGGAAAUAUCCCAGUGGCUGUUGAUGGGCUGAAACGACGUGAUAUUUGGGCAACAGCAAAAAAAGUAGUUUAGUGUUUAUUUAUUGAAGCUUGUUGAGUCCAAGUGCGUUGUCCGAGUCACUGUCAGUGCUGCAUAGCAGCUUGUUAUCGAGUCUGCGUUGCUUGGAACAUUCUGCGACGCCCCCUUCACUUAGCAUAGACAGCUAACUCAUUACUAACAUCCAGUCGCGUAACGUUAGAAGCGUUACUAACUAGUUAGCCAGCCAAGAUUUCAAAAGCCGAGGGGGCAGAAUGCAAGAGGACUAUUUGUGAGGAACGACCCCUAUCCACGUGCCAUGUCUUUGGUUUUCCCUCGACCCAACACCAACGCAGUCCACAGCAAGAAGGAUAAGAGACUGAUGGCAGAAGUGAAUGCAUCGCCACUCAAGCACUUUGUCACAGCAAAGAAGAAGAUCAACGGGAUCUUUGAACAGUUGGGGGCCUACAUCAAGGAGAGUGCUUCAUUUCUGGAUGAUACUUACAAAAAUGAAGAGCUGGACCCAGUCACCACAGAGGAGCAGGUCCAGGAGGUUCGUAGUUACCUUGCCAAGGUGGCAGGGAUUGGAGAAGUACUGGCCCGCAGGCAUAUGAAGGUUGUCUUCUUUGGGAGGACCAGUAAUGGGAAGAGCUCAGUGAUCAACGCCAUGCUGUGUGACAAGGUGCUGCCUUCUGGAAUAGGACACACUACCAACUGCUUCCUGAGGGUGGAGGGCACAGAUGGCAAUGAGGCCUUUCUCCUCACUGAAGGCUCUGAGGAGAAGAAGAGCAUAAAGACAGUGAACCAGCUGGCCCAUGCUCUCCACCAGGAUGAGGACCUGGAUGCCGGCAGCUUGGUCUGUGUCAUGUGGCCUAAAGCCAAGUGUGCUCUGCUCAGGGAUGAUCUGGUGUUGGUGGACAGCCCAGGUAUUGAUGUUACCACAGAACUAGACAGUUGGAUCGACAAGUUCUGUCUGGAUGCUGAUGUAUUUGUUCUGGUGGCUAACUCUGAGUCUACACUGAUGCAGACGGAGAAGUCCUUUUUUCACAAGGUCAAUGAGCGGCUCUCGAGUCCCAACAUUUUCAUCCUCAACAACCGCUGGGACGCCUCAGCCUCAGAACCUGAAUACAUGGAGGAGGUCCGCAUGCAGCAUAUGGACCGCUGCACCAAUUUUCUGGUGGAUGAGCUGGGUGUGGUGGACCGAGCCCAGGCCAGUGACCGCAUCUUCUUCGUCUCUGCCAAGGAAGUACUUCAAGCUCGUGUGCAGAAGGCUCAGGGAAUGCCUGAAGCAGGUGGCGCUCUUGCAGAGGGAUUUCAAGCCAGAAUGUUUGAGUUCCAGAACUUUGAGAGGCGAUUUGAGGAGUGUAUCUCACAGUCAGCGGUGAAGACCAAGUUUGAGCAGCACACUGUGAGGGCCAAACAGAUUUCUGAGGCUCUUCGCCGCAUUAUGGAUUCUGUACACAUUGCUGCACAAGACCAGAGGAUCUACUGCCUUGAGACCAAAGAGGACCGUCAGGACCGAUUGGAGUUUAUAGACAAGCAGUUGGACUUGUUGACUAUGGACUGUAAGGCCAAGAUCAAGAAGAUCACUGAGGAGGUUGAGAGACAGGUGUCUAAUGCCAUGUCAGAGGAGAUCCGCAAGCUCCAUGUGCUGGUGGAUGACUUCCAUAUGGACUUUCACCCAUCACCAGUGGUGCUCAAGGUCUACAAGAAUGAGCUCCACCGGCACAUAGAGGAGGGUCUGGGCAAGAACAUGUCAGAGAGGUGCUCCACAUCCAUCACCAGUGCCCUGCAGGCCACACAGAGCGACAUGAUCGAGGGUCUGAAGCCUCUCCUGCCCAACCCCGUCAGAGGGCAGGUAGACAAGCUGGUCCCUCGCCAGUGCUUCGGUCUCAGUUACGACCUAGCCUGUGACAAGCUUUGCAGUGACUUUCAGGAGGACAUCAGCUUCCAUUUUUCUCUGGGCUGGACCAUGCUGGUCAACCGCUUCCUGGGGCCCAAGAACACCCGACGGGCCCUCAUGGGUUACAACGACCAGGUCCCCAGACCCAUGGCCCUGACUCCAGUCAGCACCAGCAUGCCUCCAUUCCCACAAAGCUCCGUGACCCAGGAGGAGCUGAUGGUCUCCAUGGUGACUGGUCUUGCCUCCCUUACUUCCCGUACUUCCAUGGGUGUCCUUGUGGUGGGCGGCGUGAUUUGGAAGGCAGUGGGCUGGCGUCUGAUCGCCCUGUCCGUGGGUCUGUACGGACUCCUCUACAUCUACGAGCGGCUCACCUGGACCACCAAGGCCAAGGAGAGAGCCUUCAAGAGACAGUUUGUGGACUACGCCAGCGAGAAGCUGCAGCUCAUCGUCAGCUACACCGGAUCCAACUGCAGCCACCAAGUCCAGCAGGAGCUGGCAGGUGUGUUUUCUCAGCUGUGCCAGCAGGUUGACAUCACUCGUCAGAACCUCGAGGAUGAGAUCUCUGACAUGAACAUGAAGAUCGAGCUGCUGGACAGCCUACAGAGCAAGGCUAAGCUGCUGCGGAACAAGGCGGGCUGGCUGGACAGCGAGCUCAACAUGUUCACGCAGCAGUACCUCCACCACAGCAAGUAAACCACACAGAGCAUCCACCUGAGAGACUGAGCAACACCAGAGGAAUGUUAGGUACCCCUGCUGGAGAUUCCCCUCCAGCACUCUUCUCUAUUUACAAGCUAAUGAGAGAAAAUGCGCCACAUUACUGUGAAAGGAAGAUGAGGAACAGAAGGGUAUGUAAAAUAAGUGGCAUGAGUCACCAGGUGGUUGUGAUAUGGAUAUAUUGACUUGAGCUCAGGAUGGGAGUCCUGUCUUCAGCUGGUGACAUGUCUCACAAAAAUAAAGGGUUAAAACAGUGAAUCAGCUGUUAAAUAUCUGCCACUACAUGAAUUAAAAGGCAGAGACUCCAAAAGUGAACAUCCCCUCAGUGUGUAUGCUCAUUCUUGUCUUUGAGCACUCUGAUGUUAAGUUGUGGUGAUUUGCCAGGGAGCAUGAACCUGAGGUCUCUACAUGGCUGAUGGAUCUGACUCCAGAUCAGAGAUACAGCCUGAGCUCUCCUUGCAUCCCUAUUAGCUUUGUUGAGUGUUUUGUAUCAGCUUCUGUCAAAAACUCACACAGUCCUUUAAAUCUGAUUCCACUAAAUUCGGCCACAUGAAACUUGUGUAGAUUUGAUUUUGUACAUACAUUUUGAACAAUGGGUAAGUGCCAUGCUGAAGUAAAAGGCAGUCCACAUGAGGGAAUGGAGGAAAGUGUCUUAUGUUAGUAGGAUAAUGCAAAAUAAUCUUGUUGUCUUCUUGUAGUAUGCUUGGAAAAUGUAGCUUUUUCACAGAAUGAAGCUGUCAGAAAUAAUUAUCUUUGUGGGGUUAGAGGUUGCCAUGGGGGAAAUGC